AGUUGGAGCCAUCCAGUGCUGGCUGAAGGGGCAAGGAUCUACCUGGGUAUGCCUGGUUGCCUGCCUGUAUAUGAUGCCCUGUAAGGAGAGUUCAUUAGGGCCUCCAGCAUGGAGGCUCGCCAAGCCCUCUUGAAACAAGGACAGGACAACCUCUCAAGUGUGAAGGAGACGGAGAAGAAGUGGGCCAAGCAGUAUCUGAAGAUCAUGGGGAAGGUACUAGACCAAGGUGAGGAUUUCCCAGCAUCAGAGAUGACCCGGAUCACCAAGCUGAUCGAGAAGAACAAGAUGGGUGAUGGGAAGAAGGAAGAGCUCCAGAAGAGCUUAAACAUCCUGACUGCCUUCCAGAAGAAGGGGGCUGAGAAGGAGGAGCUGUGAAAGGCACUCAAAUUUCCUAGGGUUUGCUGGGGGUAGGGAGGGGAGAGUUACCUAUUGGCCUUGAGACCUAUGUGGGAUGGAUUGGUGCGCGGUGUGGAAAAGGUGGUACUAAACUGAGAUCUUAGCACUGAGCACAUGGAUGGCAACCAUGCUUGGGGUGUUUCUCAAGCUGUUUGGGGAGAGCUGUUGGCUCCACUCCAGCAGCGAUGAAAGUCCCCUCAGAAGUAACUGGUGCUAUAAAGAGGGUACUGCCCAUAUCCACGACAAGAAAUUUCUGAUACAA